AUGUCUGACGAUGGCAGCGAGGCGGGGGUGGAGCUACCGCAGAUGUGGCAGCUGAUUCACCCCACCUACAACCAUGCGGACAGCGGAGAGGAUGAUACAGACGAUGAGGAGGUGGACAUGGCCAGCAACGACACAGCCCACGGAGGCCGCCCUGCCGACUACGUGAAGCUGAAAAAGUCCGCCCCACGACUUGGCCAGCUGAUCCGCUUCCUCAACGACAUGGAGGAGGAGGAUCUGCAGGGGAUGCUGCUGGAGAAGGAUCCAGUGACGCAGCAGACGCUGCUGCAGUGGGCGACACUGAACAACCACUUCAUGCUUGUCGAGUACAUCGUGAAGCGCAUGAAGCGCGCCGCCUUCUUCGAUGCCGAGUCGAUCGAGGUCGUGGUGUACGACCGGUGGGCGGAGAUGUCUCUGGAGCUGCCCACGGCUGCUGAGGUGGCGGAGCGGCAGAAGCAGCGCGAGAACGAGAAAGCGAAGCGGCUGGCGGAGCGUGCGAUGGCCAACGGCGGCGGCGACAUCGACGAGGACGAGGAGAGCGAAGAGGAGGAGGCGGUGGAGCCGAUGCCAGAGGAGCUUGUAUACGACACGCUGGAAGACUACCACAGCGAGUGGGGGGAUGGGGGUGUGGGGGUGGUAAAGCGGAUUGGCGAGCUCGGCGUGUACGUGGGGCCGCGCCUGCCGGACGGAACAAAGCAGGGCCUCGGUCAGACGCUCUUCCCCUCCGGUGACUGCUACACGGGCGAGUACAAAGAGAACCAGCGCGACGGCCGCGGCGUCUACUGGUGGCCCAAGGGUGGCGCGCUUUACUGCGGCGAGUGGUUCCGCAACAUGCGCCACGGCUACGGCCGAAUGGUGUACCCGGACGGCUCCCGCUACAUUGGGUGGUGGGUGCACGGCAAGCGCAGCGGCAAGGGUCGCUAUGUCUACGCCGACGGCAGCAGCUACGAUGGGGCUUGGGUGAAGGAUGAAAAGCACGGGGGCGGCACGUACCACCUGCUGGACGGCUCCUCCUUUAUUGGUGCCUUCCACCACAACGAGUUUGUAUCGGGUGAAUGGCGCCUCGCGUCCGGCACGGUGCGUUACAUCGGCAACUUUGAAAAGGGUGCGCCGGUGGGCGCCGGCGUGUACGUGCACCGCUGCGGUCUCAAGGCGGGCACAUUCCAGCAAGAGGGGGCCUACUCAACGGAGGAUAAGGCGUGGGUGCCGAGCAUGCUCAAAGUCACGACUCGCAUGGUGCCACAUAUGGAGCUGGUGGUACCACCGCAGCCCAGCGGCUUGACGCGGGUGCCGAUGGAGUUUGGCCCCGGCUGCACCGGCUGCACCAUGGCGGACCUCAUCAAGGUCGCCAACUACGCCCCGCUGCUGCGGUGGGUGGCCUCCCUGGCGUCCGCGGCCAAGGACGUGGUGAUUGGCGGAGUGGAGCUAAAGGGGGUGGAGCUGAGGGGUGUGGAGGUGCAGUCGAUGCGCUACGACGACGCCAACCCCGAUGUCAUCACGGAAGUGACCAUUCUCCCCAUCCUCGUGGACGGGGUCGGCAAGCGCGUGCAUUUGCCGUCGGAGUCGGUUACACUAAAGCCGUCCGUCACGCGUCUGAUGAUUCUGCUGGAGGCGCCAGGCGCGCAACCGGUAGUGGUUUUGGAGAAGUCCCUACAGAGCAGCAGCCCGGACGAACGUCACCAGCAAAGCCGCCUUCCCGCAGUGCGCAUCAGCGAGGACUCGUCCGUGAGCGGUGACGUGGUUGACGCCGUCGGGCCCACUCUCCGCCUGCAGCUUACCUCUACGAAGUUCAUGGCUCUUUUGCUGCCCUCAAUGCGAUGCAACCCCAUGCACGGCAACGCUGAGGAGUCCGUGUGGAUGUAUGCCCAGGAGGUGCAUCGCGAGACGAUGGCGCAGUUACAGUACAAACUGCAGCAACUCUCAGCGGAGUCGCGAGAGCCGAUGACGACGACGUACAUGGCGGUACCACUGUCCGACGUGACUGCCAUCUCGACCGACGCCAUGACGGCGAUGGCGGCCGCCAAUGUACAGCAGCGCCGCGCCGCACAACUGCUGCCCAGCGCCACCGUUGCCCCGCAGCGCGCACCGACGCCGCCCCCGCCAACGUUGGAGCCGCGGCCGGAGCUACAGCCCCUGUACGACGCCAAGACACGCCGCGACGAAGCAGAGGUGGAGGAGUAA